AUGGCGGAAAAAACUAUUCCAUAUAAUUCUACGAGUCCCCAGAGUGGAGGCGGCAAAUUCAAAGAGGUUAUAAAUAGCGUAAUCCGAAAAAAAUUACAAGGAUACGUUGGUUUCGCUAAUCUUCCGAAUCAGGUGCACCGGAAAUCCGUGAAAAAAGGGUUCCAUUUUACGGUGAUGAUUGUUGGUGAGUCUGGUCUUGGUAAAUCAACCCUCGUCAAUACUUUAUUUGGCACCACAUUAUAUCCUAAUAAAGCGAAUGCGGUACCUUCGGACGAGUCACCAAAAACAGUAGAAAUCCAAUCGUUGAGUGCAGAUAUCGAAGAAAAUGGUGUUAAGCUAAGACUUACGGUUGUUGACACUCCUGGAUUUGGUGAUUUUGUUAAUAACGAAGAAAGCUGGAAACCAAUACUCGAUAAUAUUGAAGCACGUUUCGAUGCAUACCUCGAACAAGAAAAUCGCGUUAAUCGUCGUAAGCUGGUUGAUAAUCGAGUUCACGCAUGUAUCUACUUUAUUGCACCCACCGGUCAUUCGCUCAAGCCUUUGGAUGUCGAAUUCAUGCGACGACUACACACCAAAGUCAAUCUUAUCCCUGUGAUCGCUAAAUCUGAUACGUUGACCGAGGACGAGAUUAAAGAAUUCAAACAACGAAUUCUGGAUGAUAUUGCUUUUCAUAAAAUUCAAAUCUACCAAGCACCACAAUAUGAAUACGAUGAUCCUGAGACGGUGGCUGAAAAUCGCGAAAUAAUGAGCAAAAUUCCGUUUGCUAUUGUUGGUAGCGAUAAAGAAGUUGAACUUCCCGACGGCCGUAAAGUCCGUGGUCGUAAAUACCCAUGGGGUGUAAUUGAAGUUGACAAUCAAGAGCAUAAUGAUUUUGUAAAACUUCGUCAAAUGCUUAUCCGAACUCACAUGGAAGAGCUCAAAGAAUACACCAACGAUGUUCUAUAUGAAAACUACCGUUCCGAGAAACUAGUCUCGAUGGGUGUCCAACAAGACCAAACUGUCUUCAAGGAAGUGAACCCACUUGCUAAGAUGGAAGAAGAACGUCAAUUACACGAGGCGAAACUACAAAAAAUGGAAGCGGAAAUGAAAAUGGUGUUCCAACAAAAAGUGCAAGAGAAGGAAGCCAAAUUGAAACAAUCCGAAGAAGAAUUAUACGCGCGUCAUAAGGAAAUGAAAGAUGCCCUAGAGAAACAAAGAAUGGAAUUGGAGGAAAAGAAGAGGCGAUUGGAGUCUGGUAGACCAAUUACUCCCGAGAAAGCUAAAAAGAAGGAAAUAGUAUUUCUACUUUUGGAUGGUUGA